AUGCCAUUCAACACCGCCAUCCGUACAGCGCUCAAGGGCCCAUCCGUGGCCUGGGGCUUCUGGCUCACGCUCCCCAGCGCCGCCGUUGCCAAAACUAUUCUGCACAGAUCGUCCGCGUCCCCCGCUGACCGAUUCAGCUGGGUCCUCGUCGAUGCCGAGCACGGGCUGAUCUCAGACUCGCAUUACUAUGAGCUCAACAACGCCGUCGGCGCCGAACGCGCAAGCCCCAUCAUCCGCGUCCCUUGGGGUGAGGAGUGGAUGAUCAAGCGCGCCCUCGACGCAGGCGCUCAUGGCAUCAUGACACCCAUGUGCCAUUCCGAGGCCGAUGCGGCCAGGAUUGUCAGUUACGCCAAGUACCCGCCUCUGGGGACGCGUGGGUACGGGCCCAUGUUUGCCACGCACUCUUUCCCGGAGGUCAUGCCCGGGAGUGACCAUGAUGACAACGCCAAUGAUGGGGUCAUGGUGGUUGUGCAGAUUGAGUCGCGGUCGGGUGUUGAGAAUGUGGAGAAGAUCGCUAAGGUGGAUGGGAUUGAUGUCCUUUUCAUUGGUGAGUGCGAUGAGAUGACUCUCAGUUUGUUUGAGAUGGAAGAUUUACUAACCCUUUAUCAAGGUCCCUUCGACCUCGCCAAGCAAAUGGGCGUCCAGCGUGGUGGUCCAGAACAUGAAGCUGCCAUCCUGCGCACUUUGGCCGCUGCUAAUGCAGCUGGCAAGAAGGCUGCCAUCUUCUGUACCAACGGUGAAGAUGCCCGGGUCCGCGCCGAGCAGGGCUUCCACAUGAUCUCUGUCAACACGGACGUUGGCGUUAUUGGUGAUGGAAUGCAGAAGGAGCUGGCGACGGCUAAGGGCACAGCUGCGGCAGGUAAGAGAGAGGGAUAUUAG